AUGUCAGCUGAUGGUGAAGGUUGGACAUUGGAGUUGCUUAUGCGAGCAUCUGCUUCUUUCCCAUCUCGCGUUGCCGAAUGUCCACAGCGCACAUGGGCCCUUCUCACUCCCUACCGUAACCAUCCGGGCUUCUUGAAGUGGGCCAGUGAUAACGAGAUUGAGCUCCCAGAUUUUUCAAAAGUCCAGCCGUUUGUGGAGAAUUUACUUGACAACUACAUGGAGUUCAAGAACAAUAUUACAAUAAUUCAAGCAGUCCUAGCCGAUCCAGAUAAGUUUCAAAUGAGCCCUUUCCCAGAUGCAGUGAAACUUGACAUCUGGAAUCUUGUCAAAGAGCGGAAGUUGUUGAAGGAGGAGAUGCAAAAGAUUGUCACAAUCAUUGAUACAUUGUGGGUUUGA